AUGAGAAAAACACAAGAGCCUUUUAAUUCUUUACUCAAAGGUCUAGAGGGUGAGUUUAAAAAUAUAAAUUACUCCCUCUCCAAAGUUCAAACGCAACUUCCGUCUCAUUUGCUUCCUUCAGAUUUUUUCAAACUUCAACAACAGCUUACCUCUAUGCAUCAAUCUUUAAAACCAAAUGAAAACUCUGCUGUUAUCAAGCUUCCAGUUCUUGCUAAGACUACAAAUUCGCAAGCAAAUUUAACGUCAAAUCAAGAUUACAGAAGACCUAUUCGCUCAGUGCUUUCUGAGCAAAGAACGAGAAGCUCAAUUAUCAACCCACAAAAUUCGUAUGGGAGAACUUGGCUCAAUAAUCGUUAUAUGCUGUUUUAAUUAAUUUUUGUUAUAGUCAUCAAUUAAAAAUAUUAUUCUAUUAUUUAAUUUAAGUACUAUAACCUUCCAGAGCCUACAAAAAGUAACUUCAGAGCACUUGGAACCAAAAAAUACUCGAAGCCAAAAGUUGCUAAAUAUUAUAAAGCAAAAGUAUUGCCAAGACAAUACAGAGAAGACCCUCAAAGUGACCCUCCUCCUAUUACUGAGCAAGAUGUAGAAGAUGGUAUGAUGAACUUAAUCACCCGAGGGCUAAUACCAAAAGACGUCGAUUUAUCUCCUGCUUUUGAGCGAGGAGUCCCUCCCCUUAAAAUGCAAACUGCAGCUAUUCAUGACUGAAGAGAUAAAGCUCCACCAGCCCCAACAAUUUCUAGCUCAAACAUGCAGCUUGCCAUAUAUGAGCCCAAAAUCAAUGACCAGUCAAGACCUCUAUUUACCCUUGAAAGUCCAGGAGAAAUUCAAGAAAUCGCUCAGCAAGAAAAACCAGCCAUAAAAAAUUACGAAGAAAUAGUAGACACCUAUUCACAGCAUCAAAUUACGAUAAGAAAAGGCAAAAUCCUUGUUACUCCUGAAUUUUUGUCAUUUAAAAGAAUUUAUUCAGAAGUCUGGAGCAACAUAGCAGAAGCCUUACAGAUGGCAGAAGAAAUUUUUGGAAAAUAUGGUGCUGGGAUUGUGUAUUUAGAUGGAAAAAAACUAGCUGAUUUGGCUAAAGAUGAAUUAAGGACACUAAAAGAGCAUGAAAUUAUCAGCUGUAUCAUAAACGCCAAAAGUGUAGUCCCGUUUAUCCAGAAUCCUAAUAUAAAGUACAAAACACCUUUAGGGAAAGAUUUAGCCUGUGUAAAAAUCCAGAGCGCGUGGAGAGGGUAUAAAGCCUUUGUUGCUUAUCAGCAGCUGAAAAUUUUGAUAGAAAAAGCAAAUAUUAUCAAGAAAGGGUUCAAAAAUUAUAUGAUAAAAAAGAGAGAAAAACGAGAAAGCACAGAAGAGAGUAAUAAUUAA